AACCGUCCACAUCCAGAAGAAGAAAAGAGAAAACCUCGAAUUAUGGCCACGGUAGAAGGUCAGGCUGAUAACCAGCCCAAGAGCGCCAGCGAUGAUCCCCUCGUCUGGAUCGACUGCGAGAUGACUGGUCUCGACCAGGACAAUGAUGAGAUCCUCGAGAUCUACUGCAUAAUCACCACGGGCAACCUCGAGAUCCUUGACGAGGAGGGCUUCCACGCCGUCGUCCACUGGCCGCAGUCCCGCCUGGACCAGAUGGAUGACUGGUGCACAAAGACCCACGCCGACUCUGGCCUCACCGCCGCGGUCCUGGCCUCGACCACGACGCCGGAGGAGGCGGCCUCGGCGCUGCACGAGUACGUGACGAGGUUCAUCCCGGAGCGCCGCCGGGGCCUGCUGGCGGGCAACAGCGUGCACUGUGACCGGGCGUUCCUCCGCCGGGAGCCCUACGGCCGUGUGAUGAAGCACCUGCACCACCGGAUCCUCGACGUGAGCUCCAUCAAGGAGGCGGCGAGGCGAUGGUGCGCAAAGAGGAUCGUCAACAAGGUGCCCAACAAGAAGGGCCGGCACAAGGCCAGGGACGACAUCCUGGAGAGCAUCGAGGAGGCGAGAUACUACCGGGAGGUCAUUUUUCGACCGACGUUUGACGCGGCCCCGGCUGGUAAGAGCAAGGGGGCCAAGGCUGCGCAUUCCUAG